AUGGGCUCUAUGAUAUUGAAAUCGAUUGUACAUCCCAUGCCAGUGCUUGCCUCGUAGCGGUCAUACUUUCAAAACAAAGAUGGCACAAAACGCUGGGCCAAAACUCUGAGCGCGGUGCCUACAUUGCGCGGGCCUGGUUCCUGGUUCCUCGCCGCUCACUUUCCGAGGAAAUUGGGACUGCGCCGAGUCAGUCCCGUCGGACCGGCGUACGGCAUGAUAGGUACCGACCACCGCCAUUCGGGCUCCCAAGCCGGCGGUGACGUGCGCACUCCUGUAUGUCCAAUCGAUGUUCGCCGUACGCGCCGCACGGCAUCGAAAUCCACGAACAGCCCCCGAGUGGUUCGUUCUCCGCGUAGCGACCGAACGAUGCGAGCUGAUGCAAUAGAGUUUUUGCAGUCGAGUCGUGUUUGCCGGUCUGGCACAGAUUAUUAAAUUAAACAGCGCCCCUGUGUUUGUCGAUCACUUUGACGGCAACUAACGCGGAAGACAUGACAUCGGGUGGCUGUGCGGGGUCUAGAGCGCCAUCGACCAACCUCUGAAAGUCACUUGACCAGCUUUGAGCCGCUCUGGACCUACAACGACCCGAACGUUUCCAAUCAGAACCUGACUGAAGAAGGUGGCCAUGUUCGGCCUUUCAACUCGCUCGAGUCAUCGAGUGUGGUCUUCCACGUGCCACGAUGGGAAGCGGUUGGAGACGGACAGGGAUGGUUGAGGGGCGUGAUGCGUUUUCCUCCAUAGGGGUAACCUAAAUCCGAUCGCGGUGGAGAUUCACGCGUGCGGCGCAUAUAUAAUCAGUGCGCUCGAUAACCUAAAGCGUGAGCCUGACCUCUGUGUCGUCGACGUUCGUUCCCAUCCCCCGCUCCCGCCUCCGCCCCCCGCCUCAGGCCUCGACCAUCAUGGGCCAGUUCGAUCUUUCUUUGGGAUGUUUGUUGUUCUCCUCUUGGGCAAACAUGAUUCUAUUGACCCUUGAGAUCGCCCAGAUCUACCAAUAUUUCCAGAAAUAUCCCAAGGACAACUUGUUCAACAAGGGCUCCGUUAUAUUCGCACUGUGCUCAGAUCUGACGACUGUGUUUGCGUGUUUAUCUGUGAACUACCUCUACCUCGUCACGCAUUGGGGGUCGAACGACUAUCUUCUCACCCAGCCGUGGUGCAUCGCUGUCUACGUCGUGAGCACCGCCAUCAGCUCGGCCAUCACCCAGACAUGGCUCUCGCGCAUGGUGUACAACCUGACGAAGCAGUGGAUCUGGCUCCCCAUCAUCUGGCUGUUCAUCGUCGGCGGUCUGACAGGCGCAGCCGCCACCGGUGGAUUGCUCGUCAUCGACGCGUCGUAUGCCGCCCGCGCAGGCUUGAUCAAAUGGGUGACGCUCUGGCUCGCGGGCUGCGUCGUGGCGGACACAGUCAUCACAGUUGUGCUUGUUGCCAAGUUCCGAACCAUGAAGUCUACGUUCCAAGACACGAAGAGUCUGCUGCGUCGGCUCUCGCUUGAAGCCGUGCGGAAUGGAUCCAUCACCACAGUCAUGACUAUCAUCACGCUCGUCAUCUUCACUCAGCAACCGGGCGAGAACUGUGCGUGUUUCCCAGCUCGAUCUGCGUCCGCCUUUUUCAUGACUCGUUCCAGCGGCUGUCAUGAUCGAGAUGACGAUCGGGCGCGUGUACACGCUGUCGAUGCUGUCCAAUCUCAACAACCGCUCCAUGCUCACCGGCGACUCCCAGCUCUCGGGCUCGCGCAAGGCGGGCGGCAACAACACGCAUCACGACCAUCAAACUCCGACGAUGCUCCGCAUCCGGCAGGACGUCGAGACGCACUACCAGAUCGACUCGGAUCCCAUCCAGAUGGGCGCGAUGCAGAAGGGCCGCGAGGCGGCGGCGAACUCCGACGGGACGUCCGAAGUCGAUCUGGUCGUCAAGACCAAGACCGACGAGGUGUAUGCCGGUUAUUGAGCUGGCCCGCCCUGAGGCGCUUUGAUUCGCUCUUUACACACGUCUUUCAUUUAUCUUUCCCAGGGUGGUUUCUCGGGUGGGAAUAAGCACGUAGAGCACGACGCAAUGCAUUCUUUGGCGAUGCGGGUUUCGCAAUUGCUCGGCGACUAAAAUGUUAUGCAUCGGGCCACAACGUGUUCGGCCAACCAUGAAGGUCGAGAGCGCCUGCGGGGAAUCCUAAUCCCGGAUGUUUGUGUCGCACCGAAGAAAUGCCGCUGGUUCUGGAGCUGGCAUUAUCAUCGACAAUAGUCUCUCACGCGAGCUUCGAUCUUCGACAAAUGGCGCAAUGCCAGUGACUGGAAAUAAGACGGUUGCCAUCGGCCUACCGACGAUCCUCACCUGCAAAUGUUUGUCUCCAGCUCGAAGAUCCCCGAGCCUUCGCCGAGCCCAUUGAGUGCGUGGAUUGAGGGGGCUCCAGACUCGGGCCGCUCAUGAAUUCGAGAUGCUGUG